CCGCCCCGGCCCCGCGCCACUCUCUCUGCCUCUUCUUCUUCCUCCACACGGCCACACACACGCCCGCGCGCACGCAGCACCUUCCACCCACUUGCUUGCUCCGGCCAUCGACCAUGGAGGGCGAGGCGCCGCAGUCGCACCAGCUGCUGCUCCACGGCGUCAGCCUCGACCUGCGCCUCGACACGACGGCGCACCAGCAGCGCGGCGCCCGGCGCCCGGCGUCCCCUGCGCCUACUCCCGUGGCCCUCGACCAGGCCGGCAAGGAGGCCUUCGCCUGCAACUACUGCCACCGCAAGUUCUUCAGCUCGCAGGCGCUCGGCGGCCACCAGAACGCCCACAAGCUCGAGCGCACGCUCGCCAAGCGCAGCCGCGACGCCUCCGCCACCGCAGCGGCGGCAACCGCCACGCCUUCCUCUCACUGGCUCCACGGCGGUGGCGGGGAGCUCUGGACGUACUCUGCUUCGGCCGCUGCCCCGGAUUCCACGACGAUGGCGCCCCUGAUGGGCAUGGGCUGGGCUGGUAGCACAACAGCGGACGGCGGGGAGGCGGUGCCGGAGAUGGACCUGUCGCUCAAGCUCUGAGUCUGAGCACUAGCUAGCGUGUCAACAAGUAGUGCUCAAUUCAUUGUUGCAUGCACCUGGCGAUUAAUUAUUUAUUUAUUGAGAUUACAUGCAAUGCAAUUGAUUGCUUCAGCUCAUCGAUCUAUAAAUAAAUACACAGCCCUUUGAGUCUGUUAUUUUUUAACCUUAAUUAGAUUACUGGAUAACAGAUCAGACAAGCUACCCAUAUCUUAAUUACAUGCACA